ACGGACACGUGAAGAUGACGUACCAGCUUCCCGUGAUCGUUCACGGUUAGCGAUUUUAGUGGAAGUCAUUUGUCGCCGUUGUAUUGCUAAAUUGUACAAAUAUGAAUCCUGUCCUGCGAAAGGUCAUUGACUUUCGCUUCCUUCAAUGUUGAUGCCGUCCUCCCAUGAUUGCUGAGUGAUGUUUGCUUUGAAUUACCAGGUGUCGAGUCAAGCCCUUUACCUCUGCAGGGCUCCAGUAUGCUCCCGACUUUCUGCGUGGGGAGGGUUGGCCCAAACUCAAGAAAGGACAUACAGAAGCUCACCCACCAAAGGUAUUGGGAGGUGGCGGCAUCUCUUGCCCAGAGAAGUGCCAAAGAGAAAGAAAGACAAGCUUCAGAUGCAGAGCAUCAUGGCCGCUACAAACGUGGCGUACGGCACCCUCAACAUCCACGUGUCGGGGUACGACAUGACAGCGGUGGAGCACUACGCUAAAUAUCUCCAUAACCUGUGCAACAGGCUCGACAUCACCGUGGCAGAGAGCUACGCGCUGCCCACCAAAAGCACUGAGGUGAUGCUGAUGCAGGAGAGUGGCACCAAGAUGUACGUCGACUCGCUUCUGAAGACUCAUAAACGUGUCAUUCAGUUGAGGAGCCUGAAGGCGACGCUGUGUCCUGUCUUGAUGGACAUCCUCGUGAAGAACCAGCCGGAGGGAGUCAACCUGUCGGUAAAGGAGCACACGGAGGCGGACUUCUUAGCCCGCUUCAAGGCACGACCUGAGCUGGAGGGGCUCAUGGCUCAGAUGGGCCAAUAGGCUGUGUACAAAAUUUGUUUUUGCUGGCACUGUAUGGUGGGUUUUUAAAAAAAAUAAAAUCAUGUCUAUUGUU